AUGGGGCACUUGCUGACGACCAAGCGGCUUGAGUCUUUCGCUGCUCACCGAGCUCAGGAGGCUGAGCACUUCUGCCAGUUUAUAUGGGCUAAAGUUCAGUCAGGGAAGCCCGUGAAUCUCAGAGAGGUUCUUGGUGCCUUUUCUAUGAACAACGUGACUAGGAUGUUGCUGGGGAAGCAGUACUUUGGGCUGCAGUCGGCAGGCCCUGCUUGGAGGUGGCUUGAUCCAUAUGGGUGCGAGAAGAAGAUGAGGGAGGUUGAGAAGAAGGUGGACGACUUCCACCAGAAGAUACUUGAUGAACACAGGAGGGCUAGGGAGGCCAAGAAGAGUGCCUGUGCCUCCCUCAACGACGAUGAUAGCAAAGAAGAGAUGGACUUCGUCGAUGUGCUGCUAUCUUUGCCUGGUGAGAAUGGGAAGGAGCACAUGGAUGAUGUGGAGAUCAAGGCGUUGAUGCAGGACAUGAUCGCUGCUGCUACCGACACUUCAUCGGUGACCAACGAGUGGGUGAUGGCCGAGGUGAUCAAGAACCCGCAUGUCCUCCGCCGGAUCCAGGAGGAGCUUGACGCCGUUGUCGGCCGCGGCCGGAUGGUCGCCGAGUCUGACCUCGCCCACCUGCUCUACCCUCCGGUGCGUCCCGACGACGAUCAUGGGCUACCACAUCCCGGCGUGGACGCGCGUGUUCAUCAACACGCACGCGCUGGGCCGGAACCGCGCAUCUGGGACGAUGUCGCCGAGUUCCGGCCGGAGAGGCACCUGCCGGAGGAGGGUGUGGGAGGCCGUGUGGAGAUCAGCCACCUGCCGGACUUCAAGAUCCUGCCGUUCAGCGCCGGGAUUCCCGGCGCGCCGCUGGGCGUGGUCCUGGUGCUCAUGGCGCUCGCCAGGCACUUCCACUGCUUCGACUGGUCCCUGCCGGACGGGCUCCGCCCUGAGGACAUCGACACCGAGGAGGUGUACGGGAUGACCAUGCCCAAGGCCAAGCCGCUCUUCGCCGUCGCCACACCACGCCUGCCGCCGCAGAUGUACGGCUCGUGCGGUGCUGCUCGCCAUGGCGAUCGAUUAAGCUUUGGUAGCCAUGGCUAA